GGGCGGCCAUUUUGUUUUGGACCUCGAGCGGGACUUGGCGGCGGCUGCAGUAUCUGUGGUGGCACAGACGAAAGGCAGGAAAAGGCAGGCUGGGCGAUUAGGCGGAUCGGCCAACCAGACAGUCAAACAGCAACAACGAACUAACCUUGCAAUCUACAGCUUACGCAUCUAACCAACCGCCCACUUAGCUAACCCAAGCCCCUCCACUGUCAGCUGAGGUUCGGCCGGUCCCCGGCCCAUCCGCCGCAGCCGUGGUGGCAGCCCCGGGAGGAGCACUGGCGUCCGUUUCCUUCGAUUCUCGGGAUUUGAAGAUGGCUGCACAGUCAGCGCCGAAAGUUGUGCUAAAAAGCACCACCAAGAUGUCUCUAAAUGAGCGCUUUACUAAUAUGCUGAAGAACAAACAACCGAUGCCAGUGAAUAUUCGGGCUUCGAUGCAGCAACAACAGCAGCUAGCCAGUGCCAGAAACAGAAGACUGGCCCAGCAGAUGGAGAAUAGACCCUCUGUCCAGGCAGCUUUAAAACUUAAGCAGAAGAGCUUAAAGCAGCGCCUGGGUAAGAGUAACAUCGGGAGAGGUGCCCUUGCUCGCCCUGUGUUGACCAAGGAACAGCUGGACAACCAGUUGGAUGCAUACAUGUCAAAAACGAAAGGACACCUGGAUGCCGAGUUGGAUGCCUACAUGGCUCAGACAGAUCCUGAAACCAAUGAUUGAAGCCUGACCACCAUCCCAUGAGAGACUCUUGUUAAAGUCACCACAUCUGUAAAUAACCUUGAGAUAACAGCUGAGAAGAAAUUGGAUUGAUGCUGGAUGGACCUAUCAUAAUAGGCUAUGGACUUGCCACCAGUUUGUGCAUUUAGGUGUUCCUUUCACUUUUUGAUACUGUGUUGUGUGAAACUUUUUUUCCCCCACUUCAAUUUGGUUGGGGUUUUGGGUUUUUGGUAUUUUUGUUUUCUUCCCUUUGCCCAGACUUUGAACACAAAUGUGUUGGCUUUGUGGCUAGAACACCCUCUUUCUACCCCUCCUUCCCCUCACCUGUCAUAUGUUGUGACACUCACAUUCCUUCCGUUCAUCUCUUUGUCCUACAGAAAGAGCCAGCGUUCUCCCCGA